CCCCCGCAGCCUAUCCCAGGAGGACCUCCUCCAGAAUUCCGCUCCACACGGAGGCACAACACACCCGGGGCUGAGGCUGAGAAUAGUGCAAGUUUGGCCAUCUUUUUAAAACGCCUCUUUUCCUAGCGUUAGCUCCUGGUGCUUAUUUCUAAAGGAGGAGGCGGUCCACAUCAGAUUGGCAGCUGACCCUACCCCAUCCUAACGAGAAACUCCAGGCAGGUCUUCUGAGCCUCACUGUGUGCAGUAGCAGAUUGAGCGAGGAAGAUGUCGAGCCCAGGUGUGGACGGCGACCCCAAGCCUCCAUGCUUGCCUCGCAAUGGCCUGGUGAAGCUGCCAGGCCAGCCCAACGGCCUGGGUGCAGCCAGUAUCACCAAGGGCACACCAGCUGCUAAGAACCGCCCCUGCCAGCCCCCUCCCCCACCUACCCUCCCACCACCCAGCCUGGCUUCCCCACUGCCACGGGCUGCCCUGGUUGGGGGCCUGUGCCCCCCACCGGGGCUCCCCCUUGGUGGACCAGCCUCAGCCCCUGUUCCCGGGCCCCCAGUGGAGCGGCCACCACUGGCCACAGAUGAAAAGAUCCUCAAUGGCCUCUUCUGGUACUUCUCAGCCUGUGAGAAGUGUGUGCUGGCCCAAGUGUGCAAGGCCUGGCGGCGUGUGCUCUACCAGCCCAAAUUCUGGGCAGGCCUCACACCUGUGCUGCAUGCCAAGGAGCUCUACAACGUGCUGCCUAGUGGCGAGAAGGAGUUUGUGAACCUGCAGGGCUUCGCUGCGCGUGGCUUUGAGGGUUUCUGCCUGGUUGGCGUCUCCGACCUGGACAUCUGUGAGUUCAUCGACAACUAUGCCCUCUCUAAGAAGGGUGUCAAGGCCAUGAGCCUCAAGCGCUCCACCAUCACAGAUGCCGGCCUGGAGGUGAUGCUGGAGCAGAUGCAGGGCGUCGUGCGUCUUGAGCUGUCGGGCUGUAACGACUUCACCGAGGCGGGGCUGUGGUCCAGCCUGAGCGCACGCAUCACCUCACUGAGCGUCAGCGACUGCAUCAACGUGGCCGACGACGCCAUUGCGGCCAUCUCGCAGCUGCUGCCCAACCUGGCGGAGCUGAGCUUGCAGGCCUACCACGUGACGGACACGGCGCUGGCCUACUUCACAGCACGCCAGGGCCACAGCACGCACACGCUGCGCCUGCUCUCCUGCUGGGAGAUCACCAACCAUGGCGUGGUCAACGUGGUGCACAGCCUGCCCAACCUCACGGCGCUCAGCCUCUCUGGCUGCUCCAAGGUCACCGACGACGGCGUGGAGCUCGUGGCCGAAAACCUGCGCAAGCUGCGCAGCCUUGACCUUUCGUGGUGCCCGCGCAUCACCGACAUGGCGCUGGAGUACGUGGCCUGCGACCUGCACCGCCUGGAGGAGCUGGUGCUGGACAGGUGUGUGCGCAUCACCGACACUGGCCUCAGCUACUUGUCCACCAUGUCGUCCCUCCGCAGCCUCUACCUGCGAUGGUGCUGCCAGGUGCAGGACUUCGGGCUGAAGCACCUCCUGGCCAUGAGGAGUUUGCGUCUCUUGUCUCUGGCAGGCUGCCCGCUGCUGACCACCACGGGGCUGUCGGGCCUGGUGCAGCUGCAGGAGCUGGAGGAACUGGAGCUGACCAACUGCCCCGGGGCCACCCCCGAGCUCUUCAAGUACUUCUCGCAGCACCUGCCCCGCUGUCUCGUCAUCGAGUAGCGCGGGCCUCCCCGCCCCCGGAGCACGAAGCCGCCACGCUCCGGGCGGGGACGCCUUCUCCCGGCCCUGCCCUCGGGGAGCCCUCGCGCCCCCGGCCCAGCGCCGGAGGCAGGGCGAACCCAGUGAAAGCGCCCCCCACCGCGCCCCUCCUGGCCCCGCCCGGACAAGGGGGGGGGCGGCGGGCGGGCCCAGCCCCACGCACGCACGCACACUCGGGACUCUGUGCAUGCCCCUCGUGCCCGCACUGCACGCCCGCCCUCCACCGCAACACAGCCGCCUCCAUCUUUCGUCGACACUCUUGGGGGGGAGGCAGGGGUCGGGCUCGGUCCUGGGGGCCGCUUUGAGCUCUCCUGACGGCCCCCCUUACCGCCUUCCCCGCCACACCCCGCUCUGUCUCCCCCGCUGUCCCCCCAUCUCGGGCAGGGCCCAGAGGGAUUGAGGGGAGCUGGGUCCCCCAGGACACAGGGGCCAGAAGAGCCCCAAGGGCUUCCCGCAUCUUCCACUGCACCGCGCCUGGAGCCCUCGGAGGGGUGCGAGGGGGAACAGGCCACCGCCAAAGCCAUGGCCCGCCAAGGAGCCCAAGUCCCCCUGCCCUUGCCCCACUUCGUGCCAGCCUGACCCAAGAGACCUCCCCUUUUCCUUGCCGCUGUAGGAGGCAGCCCCCUGCUCGCCCCAUCCCCACCUGCAAGCCUACAGGUCCUUGGGCCAGGCUAGGGAAGAACUGUGUUUGAGGGAGGGACAGACUGGCGGAUGAUCUUGCUAUAAUCAACGUUAACCAAGCCGGCUGUAGCUUACCUCAACCGGGGAGGGGGGGUAUACAACCACCUUGACAGACCACAAGCUGGAGCGACCCUCAGGCCCGGCAAGCCUUGCACGCAGUCCUGAUGGACCCCAACCACAGCCCCUGUAGCCAGCCAGGCCCAGCCUCCUCAGUGUCAUACUGUAUCCUGGGUGGGUCUCUGUCAGGUGGAGGCUGGACAAAUGGGCCCCAGCCAAGGCCCAGCCAGCAAGUCCAGUCUUACAAGUGGCCAACACACCCCCAGCACCCAGCGGAGGGAGGGCUCCUUUCUAGCUGCCCCCCUCCCCUUCCCAGCUUCCCAAACCUCCGCCUGCCCAGGUGGGCUCUGGCCAUGUUCUGUCCAGUCCCAAGACACAUGCGAGCCCUGGGGAGACACUGGCACAUCUUGGCAAUUGCUGAGGAGGGGGCUGGGACCCCUUCCCAUCCCAACCUUGAGCCCCAGGAAGUACGGUGCCCACACCCAAUCUUGGGACAACCCCGCCCCCCCCCCGCCAAUCUGGUUGGGAGAAAGAAACCAGUCCCGAGAGAGAGAGAGAGAGAGAGAGAGAGAGAGAGAGAGAGAGAGCGAGAGCGUGCGAGCGAGAGAUGCUGUUGAAGCAGAGAAAGAGUUCAACAGCCCAAAGAUUUCCCUGUCCUGGAGUGCCCUCGGGAGGCUCCGGGGCUGACGUGGUGAGGAGCCAGUUUCUUCAGCCCCUCCUCCGCACAGCUCCCUAGUGGGGAGGAGGCAGCUGUCCGUUUGUCCAAAGUAUUAUUGCAACUGCAACGACUGUAGGAGGAAAAAUUAAGGGGAGAGAGGAAAACAAACAAAACCAACCAACCCCGAAAAUCAUUUUCUUAUUGUACAUAACGACCUCAUUCUCCUGUAUAUGCGGAAGAUAUAACCUUAUAUUUGGUAAGUGUUUCUUGUGCUAUUUUAUCACGUGACCUGUUUAUAAAAAUAUAUAUUAAAAAAGUUGUAAAAACACGUGUCUGAGUUUGGAGGUCAUCAGACCACGGCGAGGGAAGGUGUGUGCGCGCGGCGUGCCCCAAGGCUCGGGAUUCUUGUGCACCUCUCGGCUCGUCAGACUUACUGGGUCUUUCAACACGCACAGGCCUGGGGCCACAGACAGGAAACACAGCAGUGGCCAGAAGAGAAGGUCCCUGACCUUUCAGGGCUUCUGAGGGAAGUGAAUGAUGCUGCGGUCAUCGCACAUAAUAUUAACCUCGAAACGCCCCGGCUCAGUCGGUGAAGCUUCUGACUUUGGCUCGGGUCGUGGCCUCAGGGU